CAGCAAUCAGCGAGAGCUGUUGAAAAAUGUUCAAAAUGAUUCAAACUUUAAAAUUCCUUUUCUCGUUAACCAUAAUCAGACAGAUUUUUACUACGAAUUUUCACUAUUCUUGGUCAGAUGAGGUGGUAGAAAACCCUACAACAUCCUGUAACCAUCUUGCGUCGUUUUCGCGUCCGUCGAAGUGUCUGGCGGCGUGUCUUAAUACCUACACUCUACUUCACGCCGUGGGCUGGGACAAGAUGUCACUUUCGUGUGUUUGCUGCCCUAGUCCUUUGUUGGACUCUGAAGCGACAUUGGCGGGAAACUGGCAGACCUACGUUAGUGGGACGUGCCUACCUGGGUACCAGCUCGUUGCCCCCCGUACCUGCUAUAAAUAUAACUCCUCCUCUGUCAGCUACCCAGUGGCCGACGCCCUGUGCAAGGCCGAAGGAGGGGCCCUUAUUAGAAUAGACUCUGCUGAAAAGAACUCCGUGUUUACAAAUUUUGUCGAAAACCACGUUAGUGACACGUCGGGUACACAAGUGUGGGUCCAAGCCACACGGAAAGGCUCUUUCUGGUAUUUUGAUGACAACACGCUCAUCGAAUUCGAUAAUUUCGGUGUUGGUGCAAAUAGCAACGGAGAACUUGAAAUCAGAUUUAGGGCAAGAGAAGCAUUGCAGUGGAAAUGGCAAGACGGUCUAGAUAUUGACCAAUUCAGUUUUGUGUGUGAAUCUAAGACGAUGCUGCAUUGGACGACUAACGGAAAUCAGAUGUAUAAUGACUAAAAUCAAGACAAUGGAAACAAUGAAUUUGAUGGACCCAACUAACUUUUCUUUGUCAUGAACAUUCAUUUAUAUAAAAAAAGUUUCACUAAAAUAUUUUCUAUGUUUCGAACUUUCGAUUCAAUA